AUGGCAGUAUUGGUUGAAACGACGGUUGGUGAUAUUGUUAUCGACUUAUUCGUAAAGGAACGCCCGAGAUGUUGUCUCAACUUUCUGAAGUUGUGUAAAUUGAAAUAUUACAAUUUUUGCCAGUUUCAUGCAAUAGAGCAAAACUACAUCGUUCAAACAGGAGAUCCAACUGGCACGGGCAAUGGUGGAGAAUCGAUAUUUGCUUCUUUAUAUGGUGAUCAAGCACGUUAUUUUGAGCCAGAAUUUGUUCCAAAAUUGCGCCAUACCAGAAUCGGCAUAGUAUCGAUGGUUAAUAAUGGUGCUAACAUGCUUGGCAGUCAAUUUUUCAUCACUCUGGGUGACAAUUUAGAUUAUUUGGAUGAGAAGCAUACUAUUUUCGGACAAGUAACUGAAGGACUAGAUGUGUUAGAAAAGCUGAAUCAAGAGAUUUGCGAUGAGCAAAACAGGCCAUUUCGAGAUAUACGCAUAGCUCAUACUGUUAUAUUGGAUGAUCCUUUUGAUGAUCCUAAACAACUCUGUUUUCCGAGCAGAUCGCCAUCACCGACAGUUGACCUCUUAAAUGUUUCUCAAAUUGCGUUAGAUCAGUCAUUGAAUGAGGAAGAAGGUAAAACUGAAGAAGAAAUACAGAAAGAAAUUGAAACUAAAGAUAUGGCUGCGCAGGCACAAAUUCUGGAAAUGGUAGGCGAUUUGCAUUAUGCAGACGAGAAACCACCUGAUAAUGUUUUGUUUGUGUGUAAAUUGAAUCCAGUUACCACGGAUGAAGAUCUCGAAAUUAUUUUUUCUCGAUUUGGAAAAAUAAAAUGUUGCGAAAUCAUUCGUGAUAGGAAAACGAGUGCUUCGUUGCAAUAUGCAUUCAUCGAAUUUGAAGAGUUGAAAAAUAUCCUACUUGGUCUGUAUCGGGAAAGGCAGGAUGUUUAG